AUGAUGUUGAUCCCGAAAAUUUUCUCGAUGAUUCUGAUGCUGAUGAUCAAGAUGGAUAUCACACACUUCCUGGGAUCAUUACAUCAAAGACAUUUGUAACUCCAAAUAAAGAGGGUACUAAAGAUGUAAUUAAUGAAAAAGAGAAGUAA